AUGUCCGAUCCACGCACACCACUACAGCCGCAGUCUCGCGGCGAUAACAUUAAUAUCGCAGGUGUCGUCCUCGCGUCCAUCAUCGGCGUGGGCUGCCUCGUCUUCGGUAUUCUUGCAUGGAGAGAGGCACGUCGUCGCCGUCUCUCUACACACUCCCUAGACGAUGAUUAUACACUCCCCUUCUAUCAACCCGCAACGAACGCUUCUCGCGAGGCCCAGGCGCCAGCACUCGCUGGACGACGAGCGGCGCAGUCAAUGUUUCCUCCAAACCUACAUCUGGAAAGAUGUCGGUACUACACGGAAAUGACUGUUGAACGAUGGAGAGAAGCGACAUAGAUGAUUUUCUUCUUCGCGCACGUGAAUGCUGCCAUCCGAAUCUACCUAAGUUCAAUACGUAAAAAUGAUCGCUGCAGCUCUGCACAACAGUGCAAAUCGUCUUCCAGUACAACGGCC